CUGUGGCUCUCCAUUUCUGAUAUACUGGUUGCAGAAGCCUUACAUUAAAAUUCAAUAAAUGAUCGUUUUGCUUUUAAGUGCAACAACAUCACAGUAGUGCUACAUAAAGUUUGAAAGGAGAUAUUUUAUCGAGUGCCACCAAAAGGGACUGAUUGAAAUAGAAUGGCCUAAUUUGAAAGAAUUUCAGGAUCACCGGUUUCUCCUGCUUCCUAUUUAGGAACAGGCCUUCAAUAUUUGGCAUCACCUUUAUAUGGAGCACAAAGAUGAUGAUGAUGAUGAUGUGUCUUUUGCCAAAUGGAUGAGCAGCUUCUGGGGCCACAGCUGGAGAGAAGAGGAUCAGAGAGGACUCCGGGAACGCCACCGACCACAAGCCACCAGUCACAGGAAAACCUCCCUGCCCUGCCCACUUCCUGUGCUUCCCAAAAUUCCAUCAUCUGACCGCCAUCCAAGAAGGCAUUCUCAUGAGGACCAGGAAUUCCGAUGCCGAUCAUCUGACCGUCUCCCUAGAAGGUAUUCUCAUGAGGACCAGGAAUUUCGAUGCCAUAGCCACAUGAAGGAUUGCAGAAAAUGCUCAGAGGAGGGAUCAUUCAAGGAGCCGCUGGAAUCAAAAGGAAGAUCCCAUUCCAAAAUUGAGAAAUUAUCUGAGUCCUUUGAACAACAGUUGUGCUUUAGAACCAAACGUUCUGCCUCUUUGGGACCUGAAAGCAGAAAGGAGCAAAAUGAAAGAGAAUGCCUGAGAAUGGAGAUAAAAUCCCGAAAGAAAGUAGAGGAAGAAAGAAGCUCCAGGAAAGAAGAACACGGAGACGCACACAUGGCUCCCCUGUUUGAAAAAGGGCCUGAAUAGUACUCCGCUUGCACAUCAUGACAUCAGAUGUGACUGUUUUAUGUUUUUUUCUUUGAGCCCUAAUAUGCCAUUUCAAGAUAUGGAUGGGGGUGGUGGGGGAGUGAGGAACAGCUGUAAAAAGCAAGUGCAGAUGCUGAGUGACUGCAGUGGGCAGGGUAUGUGGCUGUUCCAAGAUGACUUGCAUCAUACCUUAAUUGCUCCUGGCAUCUUAGUUGAGGGUACAAUCUGCUCGGUUGCCCUUUUAUGGAAAUAAAGAGAAUAACAGGUACUUUAAUAGAAUAAAGACAAAUUUGAAAAUGUAAUAUAAGAUAUUUAAAGAGCCACCCACAUAGCUUCCCCAACCCUUCUUACACAUCAACUCAGAAAUCAUCUUAAAUAAAAGUCAUUGGUAUGA